AUGUCUGUGGAGCCCAAAGAUGUCUUCGGCCAUGGCACCGAAGAAGACCUCACGCUUGAGCACUUGGGCUAUCAGCAAGAAUUCAAACGGUCGUUCGGCCUCUUGGAUAUGAUAGGCUUCAGUUUUAGUAUCGUUACCUGCUGGAGUGCGCUCAGUGGUGUAUUCAUCAUUGGAGUAGAUGCCGGUGGUCCACCGGUUAUGCUCUUCGGAUGGUUAGGCGUGUGUGUAAUCACCUUUGCGGUUGCCCUAUCCAUGGCAGAAUGGUGCUCAAGGUGGCCCGUGGCCGGAGGGCAGUAUUCAUGGGUCUUUCUGCUGGCACCGCCAAAGAUCGCUCGAGAGAUGUCGUACAUAACGGGGUGGUUCAUGCUAAUGGGUAUUCUCGCCAUGGGCUCUGCGAACAACUCGUUCGCAGCCAACUUCAUCCUCGGACAAGCAAACCUGGUAUAUCCCGAAUAUGUAAUCGAACGGUGGCAUACUGUCUUGGUCACUUAUGCAGUCGCAAUCUGGGCUCUCUUGGUCAAUAUAUUCUUGCCCCACCUGCUCAACCGCCUAUCCCGGGCCAUCCUGCUGUGGAACGUUUGCUCGUUCAUCAUCAUCGUCGUAGUUCUACUAGCAACCAACAAAAACAAGCAAGAUGCCGCAUUCGUAUUCCAAGAUUUCCAGAACACAACUGGCUUCGGAUCUGCCAUGGCAACAAUGGUCGGAAUCCUUCAAAGUUUCUUCGGCAUGUGCUGUUACGAUACCCCAAGCCACAUGACUGAAGAAAUGACACAUGCCUCGCGGGAUGCGCCCAAGGCCAUGGUCAUGUCUGUUGGGAUGGGCGCUGUAACAGGAUUCAUUUUUCUAUUGACGCUCUGCUUCUGCAUCGGCGACAUUGAUGCUACUGCAAACUCCUCUACAGGCGUUCCGGUGUUGCAGAUUUUCUACGACUCAACCCAAAGCAAAGUCGCGGCCUGCUUCAUGACCAGUAUGAUGACGGUGAUCAUGAUGGUAGCCUCAGUGAGUCUUGUUGCGGAGGGCUCCCGAGCACUCUUCGCAUUCGCACGGGACCGGGGAAUGCCAUUCUCUGGGAUCUUAUCCCGGGUGGAGAAGAGGAGAAAGAUCCCGAUAUAUGCGAUAUUGUUCACUGUUGUGGUGCAAAUGGCUUUCAACUCGAUCUACUUCGGCACCGUCACUGGGUUUAAUACAGUUGUGUCUAUUGCGACCACGGGAUUUUACGUUUCCUACGCAUUGGUCCUUCUUGCUCGCCUCCUCGGGUAUUUCUUUGGCCAUGACAUCGCUACCGUCGACGGUCCUUACUCUUUCCCGUUGCCCAUAUCGCUCAGUGUACAUGGCCUGGGAUUCCUAUUUCUGUUCUUUGCGUUCAUUACCUUCAACUUUCCUUCAGAUGCACCGGUCACUCCAGAUUCGAUGAACUACACCAGUGCGGCGAUCGGACUGAUUGCAUUGCUGGCCAUUUUAACGUGGUUCACUGCCGCUCGGAAGCAGUUCAAGGGACCGACUGAUGUGCAGGGUUUGGUUGUAGAUGGAGUGGAGCAGGUGGGAGAGGUAGGGGAGGGGGGUGCUAGUUGUUCGGAGAAGGGGAAGUCAGAUACUUGA